CUUCAUUUAAAAACACGUCGGCAAAGAGUUACCAUGCCCGCCUAGCCGAGGAGUGCAGAGAAGUCUCCCUUUUGUAAACUAGUUUAGAUAGCAUGCUUUUGUAGUGGGCGCGCUCCACAAGUUUCCUAAGUGAAGACGCAUCCACAAACGAGAGGCAUGUCUCCAAGCAGAACAGCGUUGUUAAUAACGCUUGUCGCGCUAGUCAGUGUCGAACUCCGGCUAGUAGGGGCCCACUACCACAGUGACCACGAUCAUGACCACGAGCAUGACCACGAUCACGAACACGUCCACGAACCCGCAGCGUUCAAGUACUCACGUGCCGCCAACGAGCCGCACGUUGCAGAUGCUGCAGCUGGCAGCGAGGCACACCAUCACUCCCAUGGACACGUAGCAUCGUCUUCUCAUUCCCAUGCGUCGGAGGCUCCCAAGAAGAAACCGAUCCGAUCAUUCGAAGAGACUGCUUUUCUGUGGGGCCGCGCUCUCGGUUCCACACUGCUGAUUAGUGUCGCACCGUUUCUGAUCUUAUUCUUCAUUCCUAUCGACUCGCGCUCUGGCCAUGAGUCGCUGCUCAAGGUUCUUCUUAGCUUCGCAUCGGGGGGACUGCUUGGCGAUGCGUUCCUCCACCUCAUUCCGCAUGCGCUGAUGCCGCACAGCAGUGAAGAGGACUCUGGUACUACACACGCAGGUCAUAGCCAUGGUCAUGGCUCUGGGAGCAGUCAUGCCCACAGGCAUUCCCACAGUCACCACCACGGGCACGACCAUUCUCACGGGCCUCAUGACAUGAGCGUCGGUUUGUGGGUGCUCGCCGGUAUUCUCGCUUUCCUCAUGGUUGAAAAAUUUGUGCGCAUGAUCAAGGGUGGCCACAGUCACAGUCAUGAACACGCCCACGAACAUGUUCACGAAGAACAUCGUGCCGACGACCGGGUUCCAUCGGGAACCGGCGAAGCUGACACAAAGCCCACUGGAAAGUGUGACGGAGAGUCCAGUGGCACGGAGAACGAGGCAUCCGCCGCCUUGGUGCACAGAAAGAAGGCCAAACUAGACAGCACGGAAGUGGAAAAAAGCACUACUGAUGGUGAGAAACGGGCAUCAGACAUCAAAGUAGCUGCCUAUUUGAACUUGGCUGCUGACUUUACGCACAAUUUCACGGAUGGCCUGGCGAUUGGUGCAUCGUAUAUUGCUGGCAAUACAGCAGGCUUUAUAUCUACUGUCACGAUUCUUCUGCAUGAGGUGCCGCAUGAAAUUGGAGAUUUCGCCAUCCUGGUGCAGUCGGGCUACAGCAAACGCAAAGCUAUGUGCAUGCAGCUGGUGACAGCAGUGGGAUGCCUUAGUGGCACACUGUGCAGUCUCAUUGCUGAUGGGGUUAGCAGCAGUGCCAAUCUAUGGGUGCUGCCCUUCACGGCUGGCGGGUUUAUCUACAUUGCCACCGUCUCAGUCAUUCCUGAGCUGCUGGAGAACACACGGCUGUGGCAGUCGGUCAAGGAGAUAUUCGCACUGCUGCUUGGUGUGUCCAUGAUGGCGCUACUCACCCAGUUUGAGUAAAUUAUAACUGAAGGUAAAAAUCAAAGUGCACAAUAGAAUUGUGUCAUGUGGCUGGAUGUUGCAUUUUGUUUGGAUACAGGUGUUGGGAUCGGAGAGAGCCACCACUGCACGUGUACUGUGUUAUGUUCCCUGAUGCUCCGAUUUGAAUAACUUCUCUUGCACAAAUGUGUAGCAUUUGUCUGAAAUUUGCGUUAUUUACAGUAAUCACACACAUUGUUUAUUGAAUGGCAUUGGAUAAUUGAGAGCAUGGCAAUGGCUGCAAGCUGGGACAGUUGGUCAUUUGGAGCUGAUGCCAAGUUUAUUUGAACAUGACACAAUGUCAUAUACUCAAAUAAUUGGUGCAACUAGCUUACACAAAAGAAGAGAUGGAAUGGCUCCUUGUCAACAUUGAAGCUUAUUAAAAUAUCUAGUUAUUUACUCUUAAUAUAAUAAGCACAUAAAGUUGUACAAAACAUCUUAUUUUGUACAUUGCUUUGUGAUGUGCAUUUGUAUAAAUACAUUGGUGCUGAUUAUGAAAACUUGAGUAGCAUUUACAUUGUGAAGCAGAAUCAAGGUGUUAAUGGCAUGUAUGUACUUACAUUAUUGAUAAUGUAGGCAACUUCCCGGUCUGUAUGCCAUAAGGCUUACAAUGUCUUCUUUUACAUAGCCUUUUGGGCAUUGAGUGUUGAACAUUAAGUCAGUUUAGUUAAACAGGGAGCAUUUGCCUUGUCAUUUCUUGUGUUGUGUAUUGUGCCUUUAUAUAUAGUUGUGAGCCAACAAAGCCAGUUUUGUGCUUUGCCAUCCUUUCUCUCCAUCUCUCUUUUUCUUUUACUGGUUCUGGUAAAAAUGUGAUAAUGUAUAGUAAAUUUAAACAAGGAGGGUGCUGGAGUUCAACUAUUUCUAAAUCUUUUUCAGAAUUUUCACAGUGAACUGUGUGUGAUGGCUGGCGUAGAGUAGGUGUAUGUAUUGUAUUCCCAACUGCGGUUUGAUUGAAUGUAACAUGGUAUGAUCUAUUGCUACUCUUAUCCUCCUAUCAUUUCCUAAAAUUUAUCUGCGGUUCCUAUGUGCAUCUUCAUGGACACAUUGUUGUUGACGUCGGCAGCUUUUCGUACGUUGACAUGUCUUGCUCACUCAUUCCAGAGCAAUGAUUGCACUUAACUGUGCCUGACAGGAUUAUAUAGUUCAGGCUCCAUUUUUUUUUUUUUUGCCUUUCUUUUGCCAUAAAGAUCUACUGUAUACUCGAGGCAUUGGUGAUGCAAACUGAUGGGGAGUUGCAUUUACCAGACACUCAAGAUCUUAAGAAGAGACCAAAGUGAGAGAAAAAAAUUAUAAUCUGGUGUGUUAGUAAACUACUGUUAGUAAUCAUGUACACUGCAGUACCAAAAGAAAAAAAAAACAUGUAGUGUACAUGAUUCCAUACCAACUAGCCCAUCAGUCUGUCCUUUUGCACUGUUAGUAAAUAAAUGGCACUUUAUGCCACUUGCAAUUAUCAAAUAUGUUAAAUACCUUGUGAUUUGGACGGAAAUCUUUCUGAGUUAGUUUGUUACAACACUUUUAUUUGCGUUUUGGCAAUAAAAGGGCAUGCAUGCUUAAAAGGUAAAACAGAAACUGUGCCUGCUAGCAACUCACGUGCCCCGGCCAGAAACGUUGGUGCUCUGAAUAUAGGGCAAAUCCAGUAAUGUCUGCAUAUUACCAUGCUGCUAGAAUUGCGUGACUGAGAAAGCACUGAAAUGUACGCUGAGAUUUAUCGUCACAAGAAACGUGGCCUCUGCUCUGUGGUGGCAGCACUCAGCAGAAGUGUGCAACUGAUGCCACACACUCACAUUUCCUCUAAUAGUGAAUCCCUGUGUCCAUAGAAAGUCAUGAAUUGAUGAUUUGCUGUAUUUGUUUUUUGUUAUUUCAGUGGAUAAGAUACUGAUGUUGUGAAUUGGAAAUGAAUAAAAUGCAGUUCCAAGGUA